AUAUUCGGGCCCAUUUCCUUGAUUGAUUAAUUAAUUACACAGAAAAAAAAAUAUAUAUAUAUAUAUAUCACAACCCCUAACAAACUCCAACCCCAAUUCUCCAAUUUCAUUUAUUAUCAAAAUGGGGAAUAGUUUAGGAGUGAGAAUGAAGAUGAAGAGCACUGCAAAAGUGAUGAAGAUCACCGGGGAGACCUUCAAACUCAAGACUCCGGUUCGGGCCGGUUCGGUUCUCCUCAACCACCCGGGUCACGUCCUCCUCGACUCCGAAGCCGUCAAGCAUUACGGCUUGCGAGCCAAGCCGCUCGACCCGCUCCACGACCUCAGGCCCAGCCGCCUCUAUUUCCUCGUCGACUUGCCCCAGUUGCCAGCCGCCGCCGACGACAAGCCGCGCAGGGUCCGGUCCACUAUCCAAAUGACCGCCAAGGACCGGCUCGAGAGUCUCCUCCUCGCCCGCCGGUCCGCCUCCGACUUGUCCAUUUUGAACCCGCCGCCGCCGCCGAAGACGGCGGCGGAGGAGCAGAAGAAAGGCGGCGUGAGAGUGAGGAUAAGGCUGCCCAAGGCGGAGUUGGAGAGGCUGAUGGCUGAGAGCAGAGACGGAGCGGAGGCGGCGGAGAAAAUCGUCGGACUUUACAUGGCUAACGGAAACGGAAUCCAUUCGGCGGCGGCGGGCGGUGGCGGAGAUAUAAUUAAACUACCACAAGGAGCUGCCAUAAAGAAGAAGCGUGUCGGAUUCUUACCGUUGCCCAUAAAUGAAGGCGAGGGAGAAACAGAAUUUGGAGAUCACAUCCCCCUUGCUCUAAAUUAAAUUUAUUAUUUUAUUAAUUACUUAUUUAGGAAUUACUAUCACUUAAUAUUUUAUUUUUCUACCUUUUGUAGUUUAUAAUAAAGACCCACGACUUCAAAUUAAAAAUAAAAAAUCAUUACCUAGA